AUGACUUCACGCUUUGAUGUAGUUGAAUGUCUUUUGAUUGCAAGUAACAAUAUUGAUUCAACAAAAUCAUUGGGAGCUGCUGCAAAAUUACAAACACUCAAGUUGUUAGAAUCAAGUGGAGGUUUAAUGGGUCUUGUUGAUUCUUGUUACGAUGAAAAUACACAAACAAUUAUCAAGACACAGCACGAGGAUGAAGAAGAAGCGAAAUGUUCAAGUGAUUCUCAAGUCUCAUUCAGAGAUUGCAUUUUCUUAACAAGUGCUGAAGGGAAAUGUUAA